GCACCACAAAUUCGCAAGAUCUUCCGUAGCGUAUUCUCUCUCUUCCUCUCGAUUAAGCGCUUCUUCGAUCCUCCGUCGCCGUAACUCAAAUCUCACGAUGGACAAGCCCCUCGCCGGAGACUCUCCUCCUCCUCGGCCCAAAUGGCGUAAAGUAGCGUACGGAGGGAUGCAGAUCGGAUACGACGACAACUACACAGACGAAACCUUCCUCGAAGAGAUGGUGAUGAACGCCAACGUCGUCCGCCGCGACUUGCUCAAAGCGAUGAAAGACUCCGUCUCCAUCUCCCAGUACCUCUGCAUCGUCGCCCUCGUCGUCCUCGUCUGGUUCCACACUCUCCAAUCAUCCUUAGACGAGAACUCCCUCCUCCUCCUCGAUCUCUCCCUCUUAGCCUCAGGCUUCCUCGUCCUCCUCCUCACCGAAGAGAACAUGCUCUCCUUCACCCUCCUCAUGCGUUACCUCGUCAACAUCACCUUCUUCACUACAGGACUCUACAUCCUAGCUCCUGUCUACCAGACCCUAACGAGAUCAAUCAGCUCCGAUUCGAUCUGGGCGGUUACUGUUUGUCUUCUUCUGCUUCACCUCUUCUUGCACGAUUACUCCGGGUCAACCAUCAGAGCUCCGGGAGCGUUGCUGAAGAACAACAGUCCGAGCUUGACGAGCUGUGUCUCCGUGAACGCUUCGAUUGUCGCCUCUGUGUUCGUCGCUUCGAGGCUUCCUUCGAGGGGACACGUCUUCGCUGUGAUGCUCUUCUCGCUUCAGGUGUUUCUGUUCGCUCCUCUCGUUGCUUACUGCAUCAAGAAGUUCUCGUUUGGGUUGCAUCUGGGCUUCUCGUUUGCGUUGGUGGGUUUGACGCUCUACUCUGUUUAUGUGUUGCAUAGGUUGUUCUUUGUUCUGUUUCUUGUUAUUGUGGUUGUUGUUAAUGUUGUGUGUCCUUAUUGGCUGAUAAGGAUGCAGGAGUACAAGUUUGAGAUUAAUGGUCCUUAUGAGGCUAAGCUCUGUUUUGACAUUACUGAUUGAUUGAUAUUAUUCUUUUGUAGCUAAGCAUUGCUUUUAAUAUUUACAGAUUUGUUAUUCUUUUGUAG